AAAUGCUCGCGAGAGAACGAGGUUCAGGCGGCUGCACGAAGUGGGUGGAGGGCGGCCGGAGAGAGUGAGGAGGAAGGGGAGGAGGUGCCGUCCCACAAUACCAGGCGGGAGGGCGGGUAGGCGGUUUGUAUCCGGGCUGUGAGGUGCUCGGAGCCUCGGCGGACCUUGCUGCCUCUGUCUCUUUAACGCGAGAGGAAGCGAUGCAGAGGGGUGGAAAAUGGCAGAGCUGCAGAUGUUACUAGAGGAGGAGAUCCCGUCUGGCAAGAGGGCGCUGAUCGAGAGUUACCAGAACCUGACUCGGGUGGCAGACUACUGUGAAAACAACUACAUACAGGCUACAGACAAGAGAAAAGCUUUAGAGGAGACCAAAGCCUAUACAACCCAAUCUCUAGCUAGUGUUGCUUAUCAAAUAAAUGCAUUGGCCAACAAUGUACUCCAGUUGCUGGAUAUCCAAGCCUCUCAGCUUCGGAGAAUGGAGUCUUCCAUCAAUCAUAUCUCACAGACUGUGGAUAUUCAUAAGGAGAAAGUGGCUCGAAGAGAGAUUGGUAUUUUGACAACAAAUAAGAAUACAUCAAGAACUCACAAAAUAAUAGCACCUGCGAAUAUGGAGCGCCCUGUAAGGUAUAUUCGGAAACCUAUCGAUUACACAGUUCUGGAUGAUGUGGGCCAUGGUGUCAAGCAUGGAAAUAACCAGCCUGCAAGAACUGGCACACUGUCGAGAACAAAUCCUCCUACUCAGAAACCGCCAAGUCCUCCCAUGUCAGGCCGGGGAACACUGGGACGGAAUACUCCUUAUAAAACCCUGGAACCUGUUAAACCCCCAACAGUUCCUAAUGACUAUAUGACCAGUCCUGCUAGGCUUGGAAGUCAGCAUAGUCCAGGCAGGACAGCAUCUUUAAAUCAGAGACCAAGGACACACAGUGGAAGUAGUGGAGGAAGUGGAAGUCGAGAAAACAGUGGUAGCAGUAGUAUUGGCAUUCCCAUUGCUGUGCCUACACCUUCGCCACCCACUAUUGGACCAGAAAACAUUUCUGUCCCUCCUCCUUCUGGAGCUCCACCAGCACCACCUCUGGCACCACUUCUCCCAGUGAGCACUGUGAUAGCAGCCCCGGGCUCAGCUCCUGGUUCCCAGUAUGGCACAAUGACCAGGCAGAUAUCUCGACACAACUCUACUACUUCUUCGACAUCUUCUGGUGGAUACAGACGAACUCCCUCUGUGACUGCUCAAUUUUCUGCUCAGCCUCAUGUUAAUGGAGGUCCACUUUAUUCUCAAAAUUCAAUUUCUAUUGCUCCACCCCCUCCCCCUAUGCCUCAGUUGACUCCACAGAUACCUCUCACAGGCUUCGUGGCCAGGGUGCAGGAAAACAUUGCUGAUAGUCCAACUCCACCGCCACCACCUCCACCAGAUGACAUUCCCAUGUUUGAUGACUCUCCACCUCCCCCACCACCACCACCAGUGGAUUAUGAAGAUGAGGAGGCUGCAGUAGUUCAGUAUAAUGAUCCAUAUGCAGAUGGGGAUCCUGCUUGGGCCCCCAAGAAUUAUAUUGAGAAAGUUGUUGCAAUAUAUGAUUAUACAAAAGACAAGGAUGAUGAGCUGUCAUUUAUGGAGGGUGCAAUCAUUUAUGUUAUAAAGAAGAAUGAUGAUGGCUGGUAUGAAGGAGUCUGCAAUCGAGUGACUGGUCUGUUCCCUGGGAACUAUGUUGAAUCAAUCAUGCACUAUACUGAUUAAUUUUUUUUUUCUUUUGAAGUAGAUUCUUAUUACUCAGUCAUACUGUGGGACUAUUAUGGUUAACAGAACUGUCUUAAUAUGUUUUAAAAUGUGCCCAUAUUUUCAGAACAUGCUGUUUUAUUGGUAAAUUGAAUGUCUACCUGUAAGCAUAAAUCUUUGAGGCAGUUUAUGUAUUGCUGAAUAGCAAUUUAUACAAGAAGCUGUCCAUAACUGAUUAUGCUUGUGUACUUACUUACACAUUUUUAACUUUAUGACCAGCCUAAAUAUUCUGGGGGAAGUGGGGUAUAAUAUUUAACGAAUCAUGAUUCAGAUUGUACCAUUAGAUGUUUCAUUGCAGCAUGGUUACUAACGCUAUGUCAGACUAAUAUUAAAAUCAGAAAAUUUAAAUGCUGGUGCUGGUCAGACUUUUUUUGUUAGAUUCUCUCAUUUAAAAAAAAUACUGUUUGUUUAAAGCAUGCAUAAAAAUUUAUGUAUUGAAAUAUACUUAAAAAUUCAAGAUGCUUCCCAUUUGUGUAAUAUUUACCUGGAGGACUCGUACUUAGGUGUCUUAACGUGAAUUGAGUCUCCAAGGUCUCCAUGUGAAACAAAAGAAGCAAAAAGAGAAUUAUCUGUAAUGUUGUAAUUUGUACCUAAGUUUUUUAAUGAGUGAAAUUUGCAUUAUAAAAUUUUUCCAUUCAUAAAUACAUAAGUGAACCAAAGGUUUUUGUCCUUUCCUUCACUGGUUUGCUUUAAAAAAAAAAUAAAAGAUAAUGAUUUAUUGCAGAAUUAUGAUUCUAUUUUCUCAAUAUGUUAACUUGGAAAAAAAUUUUAGCCUUAUCUUAAUCUGUCCCAAUAGCAAUGUGACGGAUUUUUGCAGAUUCAGAAUCUGCAAUGGUUAUUUACAAGUCAAUCUACUGAAUUCCUUUUUUAAAUAAUCUUUUGAAACUAAGAAAAUGUGUCAAAUUGUGUGCAUUCAUUCUGUAGGUAAAAUUCUUAAGGAUUGCCAUGUCAGUCCUUCAGUUUUACAGUGAACUGUUGUACACUGGUUCAAUGAAAGGAAGUUAAAAGUACCUUUUACAUAUUGUAAAAGUGGAUACAGUUGAUUUGUGAGUAGGCACUCUUUAAUCCAUUACCUGGCACUAGCAACAUUAGAAUUUUAAAAUAAAAUAAUUGGGAAAGAAGGUGGGUCAUGUAUUAAUCAGUGAACAGAGAUUUACCUAACCAACAGACUUGUAUUGUCUUUUGACAUAAUCGAAAUGCAACACAUGCACUUUGUGUGUCUCCUCUUAAUUGAAGGGAGGGCUGAGGGAUGUUUUCUCUUCUUGUCUUGUGUAUAAUUCUCUAUUGCUUAGGAUAUUAAAGUAGAGCACUCAAGUGUGGGUUUCUGUGUUAUUGAGGAUUUGUUUGGAAUUCAAAUUACAGUUAUGUACUGGAUGCUACAGACUUAUAACAGCAUAGUGAAUGGUAAGACUAGUGCAAAACAGUUAUUUCUGAAAAUUAAAGACCAUUAUUGCUACCAAAUCAAUGUGACUAUUUCAUAUGCAUUUUGCCUUUGUUAAUUUUAAACAAAGUAUCAUUAGUGAUCAGCUAGCUACCUUCUACUUUCCAUUUUUCAAGUGGAUUGUUCUCUUAAUUUGUAUAUAACCUGUUGUCUAAAUUUUAUGUACAGUCUUUUAUAAUAAACCAUUCUCCUAUAUGAAAUUUUGGAUACUGUUAAAAUAUAACCGAUGUGGACUUCAAUGCAGACUUCACAUUUUUCUGACCUUUACUCCUACGGUAAAUCAAGACAAACCAUUUGAAUUUUAACAUUGGUUAUUUAUUUGUGUAAUGGCCUUACAUGUGGAUAUUAACAGUGUAAACAAUACCACAUAUAACCAUCAAGAUACCUUGAUUAUAAUUUAUAGGACUAGAAUGACAGAUUCAGGUGGUUUAUUAAUUACAUUUAAAAAGUUUUCUGAAAAAACUUUUGCAAUAAAAAAAAUAAAUUGCCCAUCAA